AAAUUCCUGUGGACCUGAAAUUACUUUGGGCCUUGGCCUCUCUAUCCGCGGUGUUAAGGUAAUUACUGGCCUCUUUGGCCGUCUGCACUACCUCACAAUCCUGUAAUCCCAUUUUGACAAAUUGAAGAACGGGUUAGCGGUGAGGUAUAAAAUCACAGUGUGCAACAGUGACCCUUGUGUCCAUCAGCACAAUUGAGUUCUUUAGGUGAGGAAGCUCAAUAGAACGACAGACAACCGAAGAUGGUGUGGGAAGGAGGAAUCGAGCCCAAUGGCACAGAGGGCAAGAACUUCUACAUCCCCAUGUCCAACAGGACUGGGAUUGUUAGAAGUCCUUUCGAAUACCCACAAUACUACAUGGUAGAUCCCAUCAUGUACAAGCUUCUAGCUUGCUACAUGUUUUUCCUGAUCUGCACCGGAACGCCCAUCAACGGUCUGACGUUGUUCGUCACGGCUCAGAACAAGAAACUCCGCCAACCUCUCAACUACAUCCUGGUCAACCUGGCUGUGGCCGGACUCAUCAUGUGCUGCUUCGGAUUCACCAUCACCAUCACCUCUGCUUUUAAUGGUUACUUCAUUCUUGGAGCCACUGCCUGCGCUGUUGAGGGAUUCAUGGCCACACUGGGAGGUGAAGUCGCUCUCUGGUCACUGGUCGUCUUGGCUAUUGAGAGAUACAUUGUCGUCUGCAAACCCAUGGGAAGCUUCAAGUUCACUGGAACUCACGCAGGAGCUGGAGUCCUUUUCACCUGGAUCAUGGCCUUCUCAUGCGCUGGACCCCCACUGUUUGGCUGGUCCAGGUACCUUCCUGAGGGCAUGCAGUGCUCCUGCGGGCCUGACUACUACACUCUGGCCCCAGGCUUCAACAACGAAUCAUACGUCAUCUACAUGUUUGUCGUCCACUUCUUCGUUCCUGUCUUCCUCAUCUUCUUCGCUUACGGAAGCCUUGUGCUAACAGUCAAAGCUGCUGCAGCCCAGCAGCAGGACUCAGCCUCCACUCAGAAAGCUGAGAAAGAAGUCACACGUAUGUGCGUCCUGAUGGUCAUUGGCUUCCUGGUAGCUUGGACACCAUAUGCCACUUUCACUGGUUGGAUUUUCCUGAACAAGGGAGCUGCCUUCACUGCCCUGACUGCUUCCAUCCCUGCCUUCUUUGCAAAGAGCUCAGCCUUGUAUAAUCCUGUUAUCUAUGUGCUGAUGAACAAACAGUUCCGUAACUGCAUGCUGAGCGCUAUUGGAAUGGGCGGCAUGGUGGAGGAUGAGACCUCAGUUUCUACCAGCAAGACAGAGGUGUCCUCUGUUUCUUAAACAUAGAGGCAUUUUCACUGACCUGGACAUUUUUGUUUCUACUGUCUCCUUAAUCUGGAAUAAUCCUCAGUGUGGAUUGAGUGAAGUUCAGCGACAUAUGAACUACUUGACCAGUGAUGAAUGGCUCCAGGAACAAACUCAUGAACUGCAUUUUUUUCACCUUUUAUUUGAAUGAUGUUGGAAAUCAAUGUGAUUUUAAAAUCAAUGCAAAUAAUGAUAAGACCUGCGAAUGCAUGUAUAUGGAUGCUCACUUUGACUCACCCUGCAGUCUGAGGAACAGAAUACAAUAUUUCUCUUUUUUCUUACAUCAA